AUGGAGGAGGACAGACUCCAGGCCGAUAUUGGCAUCGCAGCCGACAUCGAGGAGGCUCAGCUGAUGGCUCAGGCGAGUCACCCCGCGGCAACUGAGACUCAGGCUACGCAGAAUGGAGAGACGCCGAUGAAGCAGCCCAAGAAGCGAUUUGUGGGAAGACGGGCAGCUACAGAGGCGGCGGCGAAGAAUGGAGGCACGGGCGAGAGCGGCGCGGUUCAGACGGCCAAGCCACGACGAGCUCCCAGGCUACUGAACCAGGUCCCAAAGGAGAUCCUCGAUGAUCCCAACCUCAAGGCAGCCAUCGGACUGCUGCCCGCAAACUACAGCUUCGAGAUCCCCAAGACGAUCCACCGCAUCCGCACCUCAGGGGCCAAGAGGGUCGCCCUGCAGAUGCCCGAGGGUCUACUGCUCUUUGCUACGACGGUCUCUGACAUCCUCACUCAGUUCUGCCCGGGCAUCGAGACGCUCAUCAUGGGCGACGUCACAUAUGGCGCCUGCUGCAUCGACGAUUACACGGCGCGGGCUCUCGGCUGCGACCUGCUCGUGCACUACGCCCAUAGUUGUCUGAUUCCCGUUGACGUGACCAAGAUCAAGACGCUUUAUGUUUUUGUCGAUAUCAGCAUCGACGCCUCGCACCUACUCGCUUCGCUGGAGCGCAACUUUGCCAGCGGCAAGACCAUCGCCGUCGUGGGCACCAUCCAGUUCAACGCCACCAUCCACGGUGUCCGGAGCAGCCUCGAGCGAGCCGGCUUCCGAGUUCUUUCUCCUCAGAUUGCUCCGCUCAGCAAGGGCGAAAUUCUGGGCUGCACGUCGCCGCGCCUCAAGGACGACGACCAGGUCGACUUGAUCCUGUACCUCGGCGACGGCCGCUUCCACCUCGAGAGCAUCAUGAUCCACAACCCAUCCAUCCCGGCGUACCGCUACGACCCGUACUCGCGCAAGCUCACGCGCGAGACGUACGGCCACGACGAGAUGCAGUCGCUCCGGCGCAGCGCCAUCCGCACAGCCAAGACGGCGCGCAAGUGGGGGUUGAUCCUGGGCGCGCUGGGCCGCCAGGGCAACCCGCACACGAUGGCGCUGAUCGAGAAGUGCCUGAAGGAGCGCGGCAUUCCGUUCGUCAAUUUACUGCUGAGUGAGAUCUUCCCGGGCAAGCUGGCGCUCAUGGCCGACGUUGAGUGCUGGGUGCAGGUGGCGUGCCCGCGGUUGAGCAUCGACUGGGGCUACGCCUUCUCACGGCCGCUGUUGACGCCGUACGAGGCGUUGGUCGCGCUCGAGGUCAGAGAGGACUGGGGCAAGGAUGUGUAUCCGAUGGAUUACUACGGCAAGGAUGGCUUGGGGAGGACGAAGCCGGUGGACGUGGGCGCAUCGGGAUAA